AUGGCGCCCUCCAAUCCCGAAGCCACCCUUGACCGAAUGCCUGUGGAGCUCCUCCUCAUCACAUGCGAGGAUCUGGACCAGCCGUCCAUGAAGGCUUUGACUUUGGUCAACAAGAGACUUCGACUCAAGACCCUUCCAUAUUACCCGGUGAAAGUCAGUCUUGCUGGCGAUACUUCUCAGAUUGUCGCACGCCUGGCGCUACUUAUGGAGGACCAUCCGGAUUCUCCAUCCGGGCCUAUGGCCCAAUACGUCAAACACGCUUGCUUCCAUUUGGAUCCACCCAGGUUGAUUCUCGAGCCACAUCCAAUCAAUGGACUUGUCAGGGACUUCUGUCGCGAGCCCACGAGACUCAAGAAGGUCACGGUAUCUUGCUACGAAAUGUACGAGGUACUGAGAACUCAAGCUCCUCACCUGAAGCGGCUUGCAGUCAUGGGUCUUGAGGGGAUGCCAAGAAGCGAUUCAAACCCACGAUUAACCACAAGGAUUCUAGGUGAUAUCAACCACAACUUCCAGCAGCUGGAGACCUUGAUUCUUGGCGAGUUUCUCAACCCUAGAUUCCCUUGGGGCCAGCAGCAAUUCCGAAUCAAAAAAGAUCGGGAUACGAUGAAUGCCAUGAUCCCGAAGGUCAUGAUGGCUCUGGGAGCCAUGCCACAGUUGACCCGUUUUGCUUUCGUGCUCAUGGACGAGACGGUCGGGGAACGCGUCGGCACAUCUGAGGAGUGGUUUUCCCCAUGGCAUGAGGGUCAAUUCGACACCAAGAAAGAUUGGUAUUCCCAUCUCGUACGCGCCAUUCUCCGCUUUGUUCCCCAGCUUCAGCAACUUUGCGUUCGAGCUCGGCCAUCAGUCUAUUGUCGGGGCACCAGAAUCCCAGGGGAUUCUAACCCGACUAUCACGUGGACGACCGACCAGGAAGAAACCACUGAUGAAUUCAACAACUUCUUCAUUUAG